AGGACAAACAUCCACAUCAACGACAACGUCCUGCACUCGGCCCACGAGAUGGGGGUGGAGAAGGUGGUCUCCUGCCUCUCCACCUGCAUCUUCCCAGACAAGACCACGUAUCCCAUCGACGAGACCAUGAUCCACAACGGGCCCCCCCACAGCUCCAACUUCGGCUACUCCUACGCCAAGAGGAUGAUUGACAUCCAGAAUAGGGGUUAUUCCGAGCAGCACGGCCGGCGCUUCACCGCCGUCAUUCCCACCAACGUCUUCGGGCCGCACGACAACUUCAACAUCGAGGACGGCCACGUCCUGCCGGGGCUCAUCCACAAGAAUCCGGCUCCGCUCUGACCGUGUGGGGAACGGGAAAGCCCAGGAGGCAGUUCAUCUACUCCCUGGUGGGUGGGGCCUUGGGAAGCAGGGAAUGGGGCUGGAAAGGCUGGAA